AGGCUAUUGGGUACCAGCUCAAAAACACAACGCUAGCACGAAUUUCGUCGACAAGAAGUACAACAUUACAUAUCUUUUCCCGAGAUGAGAUAUAAUUAACUUGCUAUGUGUAAUGUAAUAUCGUAUAGCUUUGGAAUCGUGAGAUUAGAUACUUUUGAGGAAAAUAGGCACCUCUCUCGAAAUAUAUACACUGACUUUGACUUUGACAAGGGAUUCCAUGACAAUUAGUUAAGCAACCGCUUGACGCAGCAUGACAACGUGAACACGAUUGGUUGACAGUCUGCUGGAGUUGGCCAUACGUUGGAUUCCGAUCUCCUUUCUAUAAUAUCUCUGCCAACGACAACAUGAAAUGCACCCUGGACUAAACAGACAGCAGACAAAUAGGAUACAUGUGCUUGACUCUCUGUUAAAUUACACAUUUCUCAAGGACGUCUAUACUAUCAGGUGGACUUUGAACCCUGAAACGUUCAAAGUAUUGCCAGCCUAUAUGUUGCAGUUUGCAGUCCCCUGCAGAGCGUCGUUAGUGCUGCAUGGACUCUAUAACACCGACACAAUGUAUUCCCUCUCUCCUUGGGGACACCUCUCGUUUCUAAGUCUGGUGUCAUUUCUCCUUCUCCUUCCUGCACCGUCCUGCCAUGGAGGAAAAGUCCUGGUCUUUCCUGUCGAUGGAAGCCACUGGAUCAACAUGAAGGUACUGAUCGAGGAGCUCCAUGCCAGAGGCCACACCAUCACAGUGGUCAGACCCUCCACCAGCUGGUACAUCACAGAGAAGUCACCUCUAUACACCUCUAUCACCAUCAAGGAGAAAGAUAACUUAUACAGCUACAUCGAAACCUUCCUACAGAAUCAACUGAAGGCUCAGAGAGAGGGGAUAUCGUUGCUGAAGUUCUUCCAACUAACCAAGGAGUUCCUCAGUAUGAUAGAAGAAGCCCACAUCCUGGGCUGCGAGAUGCUGGCUCGCAUGUUCGACGACAAGAAGCUGAUGAAGAGUCUCCAGGACGCUCAGUAUGACAUGAUGCUCACCGACCCUAACCUCGCUGGAGGGCUGCUGAUGGCCCACUACCUCAAACUGCCUGUGGUGCUCAACGCCCGUUGGAUCACCAGCGGGGAGGGCCAUUUUGCCAUCGCCCCCUCUCCCCUGUCCUACAUCCCGAUCACAGGGUCUGGAUUCACUGACAAGAUGACCUUCGUCCAACGGGUCCAAAACAUGCUGCACUACAGCAUCAUCGUGUAUCAGCAGAGGUUCGUAGUUGGGCCGAUUUAUGACGCAAUUUGCGCCAAGUACUUCGAAGGGGGCUGUGACAUCAUCUCCUUGAUCCAGGAAGCUGACAUCUGGCUGAUGAGGUCUGACUUUGUGUUUGACUUCCCCCGUCCCACCAUGCCCAACGUCGUCUACAUGGGGGGGUUCCAGUGCAAGCCGGCCCAGCCCCUGCCUCCAGACCUGGAGGAGUUUGUCCAGAGUGCCGGGGAGCAUGGGGUGAUCAUCAUGUCUCUGGGGACUCUUGUCAAUGCACUUCCUGUUGAUAUCACAGACCAGAUCGCCAGCGUGUUCGCCAAGCUGCCUCAGAAGGUGAUCUGGAGGCACCGGGGCAAGAGGCCCUCCACUCUGGGCAACAACACUCUUCUGGUGGACUGGAUGCCCCAGAAAGACCUCCUGGGUCACCCCCAGACCAGAGCCUUUGUGGCCCACGGAGGAACCAACGGGGUCCAGGAGGCCAUCUACCACGGCACCCCAGUGCUGGGGAUACCCCUGUUCUUUGACCAGUAUGACAAUCUUCUGCGUCUGCAGGAGAGAGGCGCUGCCAAGAUCCUGGAGCUGGCCAUGUUCAACGGACCCAGUUUCCAGCAGGCUCUGAACCAGGUGCUCACCCACGCCCCCUACAGGGAGAACAUGCAGAGGCUGUCCCGCCUGCACAUGGAUCAGCCCAUCAAGCCCAUGGACAAGGCCCUCUUCUGGUUAGAGUUUGUGAUGCGACACAAGGGGGCGUCUCACCUCCGUACGUCGGCCAACAGGAUGCCCUGGUACUCUUACCACUCUGUGGACGUGCUGCUACUGCUGCUGGCUGCCGGGGGAGGAGUCUUGCUCUUUACUGGGCUCCUGAUCAGGAUCCUCUGGAGAACCUGCCGGAAGAACAGGAACAAAACCAAACAACACUGACACCAGUUGUAGAAUCGCAUAAGGCAAACCAAAACUUCUCAGGGCAGACCUGCUUAUAGCAGGAUAUAUUGCGUACGGGACAGUUCUACCAUAUUCCCUAAUGUAGUUCUCCUUACACCCACAGUGCCUUCAGAAAGUAUUCACAUCCCUUGACUUGUUCAACAUGUUGAUGUGUUACAACCUGAAUUUAAAAUUGAUUUAAAAAAAUGUUUAAGCUGACAUGUCUUUAGUCAAUAAGUUUUCAACCACUUUGUUAUGGCAAGCCUAAAUAUGUUAAUGAGUAAAAAUGUGCUUAACCAAGUCACAUAAGUUGAAUGGACUCACUCACAUGAUUUUUUUAUGACUACCUUAUCUCUGUACCCCACACAUACAAUUAUCUGUUUUGUCCCUCAGUCGAGCAGUGAAUUUCAAACACAGAUUCAACCACAAAG